AUUGGUAAUAAAUCAUUCCAUAGAAAUUGUGAUAAUAAAGGAACUACUAUUUGGAUAGCAAAAAUUAAAGACUCAACAAAAUUAAUUGGAGGUUAUAAUCCACUUGAUUGGAAUGGAUAUUGUUGGAAAAAUACUAGUGAUAGUUUUUUAUUCAGUUUUGCAGAUUGGAAAAAUAUUUCUAAUGCCACAACAAAGUUAUCUUACAUCAAUAGUGGAAAAGAAUGGGCUAUUUAUUGUAAUAAUAAGUAUGGACCACAAUUUGGUGAUUUAUGUUGCCCUAAUUCCAAUAAUUGGACUUAUGAUGGUUAUUUAGAAUACUAUCCUAAUUUAGAUAUUCCAAAAAAUAAAACAAUAGAGGAUUAUGAAGUAUUUCAAGUAAUUAAAAAUUAACGAAAAUGAAGAAAUUUAUUUUUAAUAAUGAGUAAAUUAUGUUAACAAUCGAUUUGUAACUUGAUGUCAUAAAAUGAACUUGUAUUUUA